AUGAGUAUUUUGAGUCUCAACUGUAGAGGGUUGGGCAACCCCUCUGCAGUUGGUAAUCUUCGGGAUUUACUCCGAAGAGAGGCCCCGUCUCUGGUGUUCUUGUCGGAGACGAAGUUGAGUAGUGGCGAAUUUGUGCGGAUUAUUAGUAGAUUGGGGGAUUUUUAUGGGCUCUCAGUUGAUUCUAGAGGUCGAUCUGGAGGUCUAGCUUUACUUUGGAAAAAGGAUAUUAAUGUUGUUUUGAGCUUUAUGUCCCUUCACCAUAUUGAUGUGAUCGUGAGAAGGGGCUUGGGGGAGGAGGAAUGGAGAUGCACAGGUUUCUAUGGAUGGCCAGAGAUACAGAAUAGACACUUAUCUUGGAGCUUAUUGGAGAGUCUUACUGCUCAGUCUACUCUUCCGUGGCUUUGUUUGGGUGAUUUUAAUGAAAUUUUACUGGAUUCGGAGAAGAUGGGGGGAAAUGAUAGAGCGUCUUGGCAAAUGGAGAAUUUUAGAAAUGCUGUCAAUGUGUGUGGUUUUCAUGAUGUCCCGUUCUCAGGGUAUGAGUUUACAUAUGAUAAUGGCCGCGAGCUUCAGGAUAAUGUUCAAUGCAGGCUUGAUAGGGCUCUUGUCACUACUAGUUGGUCGAAUUUGUUUUUGGAUGCUCAUCUAUGGAAUUUGGAUCGAGAAUGGUCGGACCAUGCCCCGAUUAAACUCACCUUGUGGAGACGCGAUAGUGUGCAACAGCUGGGUGGUAAACCUUUUCGGUUUGAGCAAAUCUGGGCUAGCGAAGCAGAGUGUGAGGAGGUCAUUGCGGGAGCGUGGUUGUAUGGGGCGAACUUGGAGACUAAGGUGGAGGCAUGUGCGGCGAAUUUGAAGAAGUGGAGUGGGAGAAAGUUUGGGCCCAUCUUCCGAGAAUUAAAGAAGAAGCGCAAGAAAUUAAAGAAGCUUAAUGGUGCUCAGCUCUCGGCAAGCCAGUUGGAGAGUAGGCGUGGGUUGCUCCGUGAGAUCGAGAUUUUGUCCCAACAUGAGGAGCGGUACUGGCAGCAGCGUUCACGUGCUUUAUGGUUAGCGGAUGGUGAUCGUAAUACUAAAUUUUCCACCAGAGAGCUUCAGAGAGGAAGAAGAAGAAUCACAUAA